AUGGAGAGCUACAAGGAUGUGAUUCUGAGCCAACCGCCGGCAAUGUACCAGCGACUGCCCCAGCCUUCUAAUGUCGCCGUAGAAAACUACAAGGGCAUUCUUUUAUGUGCCUGCCCUGUAAAUAUUCCCAAUGGCGCCUCCAUGGAGCUUCGGGGGAACAAUGCCACUGCCCCGACCGGCCCCGUAUUCGUACCGGCUGGUGGGUCCAACACGCCACUGGGCUUAGGGCCCUCUGCGGAGGAGCGCGCAACAAUGGAGCGGAACCACCGCCAGCGUGUAGAAAACCUGAAGUCGCAGCGUGCCAAUGUCUGCGCAGUCGUUUCACAGCAUAAGCGCUGGCUUCGCAGCUUCGCUAAGCAGAUGCGACAAAUGAAGGAGGAGGAAGUGGUGCGUGAGGUUGAGCGCGCCCGACGUGUGGACCAGAUGAGGCGCAAGUGGGCACAGAAGGCAAGCGAAGCAACUGCGCAAGAGCAACAAGAGCGCGGUGCAGCGUUGGAUGCCGAUAGAGGGGGACAAGGGGGCCAACAGCAGCAACAGCAACAGCAAAGACUCAGUGAAGGAGCAAUGGGGAAUGUACCUUCAGCACCUGAAGCAAAAGAAAAGAAAAAGGUAGGGAAGAAAAAGAAGAAGCCCAAGUGGGCCCUCACAGAGGAUGAAGCCUUGGAAGAUGAGAUUGCGGAGGCGGACGACCUGCUUGAGUUCGCAAAGAACCUCGACUAUGACAAAUUCAUCAGUGAUUACGAGGUGGCUGGCGCUCUUGCCAUCAUGCGGGACAGGGUGGAGGAACUCACACGCGAGAAUAAUUGGACGAAGGAAUCCGUGGAACGGGCGGCUAAAGAGAACGCCGACGACGAAGAUGAGCAUGAAUGUGAUUAUGAAGGAGAAGCUGAGAAGAAGGGUGCAUACGAUGCAGAGGCGCGUGGCCAAAGGAGGAAGGAACUCCAACAGCAGCUGUCGAGCACAGCUGUGGCGCGUAAGGCGGCUCCAGCGCAGGUGGCGGCUCAUGAUAAGGAAUGGAGCAAUUCAACCUCGAUUGCUGGUGCUUUACGGCGUGCAAUCAUGCGCGACGCCUUACAGCUUGCGGAGCGUAUUCUCGCGUCUUCUGAAUCAAUGCAACGGAUUCACACAAAGUUCAGUUUGGCUCGCAUUCUGCAGUACUGUGCCGUGUGCGGCGAGGAUCCGCGAGAGGCAAUGCAAAAACCGUCCAUUGGUGGGAAGAAAGGACUUGAGAAGGAGCCACAAAUUGUAAAAUUACACCCCGAUGCCACUGGACUGGAGACUGAAACUAGUGAUGGUCAAGGGGGUCAGCGGCGCGUCCUUUUGGAUCUUCAGCGCUCUAAGGAAAGGACUCAGGGGUUGCCGUAUUUGUAUCGUUGCCCUGCCAUAUGA